CCAGAGCGGCCCCGGAGCGGCGGUCCCGGCCCGGCUGCCCCAGAGCCCGCGCGAUGGAGCAGGGUCCGCGGCGGCGCAGGAGCCGCCCCCUGGUCGCCGCCUUCCUGCGAGACCCGGGCUCGGGCCGCGUGUACAGGCGCGGGAAGCUGAUCGGCACGGGCGCCUUCAGCCGCUGCUACAAACUGACCGACAUGUCCACCAGCGCUGUGUUCGCCCUCAAGGUGGUGCCACGUGGCGGGGCCGGGGCCGGUCGGCUUCGCCCACGGGGAAAGGUGGAGCGUGAGAUUGCCCUGCACAGCCACCUGCGACACCGCAACAUCGUGGCUUUCCACGGACACUUUGCUGACCACGACCACGUGUACAUGGUGCUGGAAUACUGCAGCCGCCAGUCUUUGGCCCACGUGCUGAGGGCGCGGCAGACACUGACAGAGCCGGAGGUGCGCUACUACCUACGGGGCCUGGUCAGCGGCCUGCGCUACCUGCACCAGCGACGCAUCGUGCACCGAGACCUGAAGCCCAGUAACUUCCUCCUUAACAAGAACAUGGAGGUGAAGAUCGGAGACCUGGGGCUGGCUGCCAAGGUGGGGCCAGGGGGCCGCUGCCACGGGGUGCUCUGUGGGACCCCUAACUUCCUGGCCCCAGAGGUUGUAUCCAGAAACGGGCACUCCUGCCAGUCGGACAUCUGGGCUCUGGGCUGUGUCAUGUACACGGUGCUGACUGGCACCCCGCCCUUCACGGCCUCACCCCUGUCGGAGAUGUACCAAAACAUCCGCGAGGGCCGCUACCCCGAACCCGCUCACCUGUCCCCUGGUGCACGCCGCCUCAUCGCCCGCCUCCUGGCACCCAACCCGGCCGAGCGGCCCAGCCUGGACCACCUGCUGCAGGACGACUUCUUCACGCAGGGUUUCACUCCAGACCGGCUGCCAGCCCACUCUUGCCACAGUCCCCCCAUCUUCACUGCACCCCCGCCUCUGGGCAGGAUCUUCCGGAAGGUGGGCCAGCUGCUGCUCACCCAGUGCCGGCCACCCUGCCCCUUCACGCCUAAAGAGGCCUCGGGUCCAGGAGAAGAUGGGCCCAACCCUGACUCCAUGGAGUGGGGCAGCGAGAGCUCCCUGACUGCGAAAGGGGUUCCCUGCCUGGAAGCCCCCAUCCACCUGAUUGCACAAGGGACCCUGCAGAGUGACCUGGCUGGGCCCGAGGGGAGCCGGCAGCCGGAGGUGGAGGCAGCCCUGAGACACCUGCAGCUGUGUGUGGACGCAGGCCCUCCAGCCACUCAGGACCCCCUGGGAGAGCAGCAGCCCAUCCUCUGGGCCUCCAAGUGGGUAGACUAUUCCAGCAAGUACGGCUUUGGCUACCAGCUCUCAGACGGGGGCAGUGGCAUCGCUUCGGGAUGGCACUCAUAUGGCCCUGCGUCCCCCCGGAGGGAGGGGACCCUCCCCACCCCCGUACCGCCUGCUGGACCCGGCCUCUGCCUCCUGCGCUUCCUGGCCUCUGAGCAGGCUUUGCUGCUGCUGCUCAGCAAUGGGACGGUGCAGAUGAGCUUCAGUGGAGUCCCAGCCCAACUGUUGCUGAGUGGUGAGGGUGAGGGUUUGCAGCUCACCCUCUGGGAGCAGGGCCCCCCCGGUACCUCCUCCUCCCUGGACGUCCUGCGGAACCACGGCUGCACCCCUGCCACCCGCCAGCGCCUUCACCACGCCCUCCGCAUGCUGCAGAGUAUCUAG